AUGAAGGUGUGGGUAGCAUUGCUGCUGGUGGCAGCCUUUGCCCCAGGCGUGCUUGCGCUGGAGUCCUUCUGCAGGCUCCAGGGCCAAGCUCCACCACCUAGUCUGUCCACUGAUGCUGACAUAAUCAUCGGUGGCGUGUUCUCCAUCCACAGGAGUACUGAGGAAAAGAUACAUCCAUAUACCUACAAGCCACAGGCUCCAUCUUGCAUCAGACUGAAUUACAGAGAAUUUCAGUUUGCCCAAACAAUGAUCUAUGCCAUUGAGGAAAUAAACAACAGAACAGACCUACUCCCCAGUGUCUCUCUGGGUUAUAAGAUAUAUGAUGCCUGUAGCUCCAUUCCAUUAGCAAUUCAAUCAGCCAUGGCUCUGAUGAACGGCUUUGAGGACACUCUGACAGACACAUCCUGCUCCAGACCUGCAACAGUAAAGGCAAUCAUAGGGGAGUCUGGAUCUUCUCCCACAAUUGCCCUCUCAACAGUUGUUGGAUCUUUUUCUAUUCCAUUAAUCAGUCACUUUGCCACAUGUGCGUGUCUGAGUGACAGAAAAAAAUACCCCACCUUCUUCAGGACCAUUCCCAGUGACUACUACCAGAGCAGAGCACUGGCCCAGUUGGUGAAACAUUUUGGAUGGACCUGGGUUGGCGCUGUCAGGAGUGACAGUGACUAUGGUAACAAUGGAAUGGCUAGCUUUGUGGAAGCUGCUAAGCAGGAGGGCAUCUGCAUUGAAUAUUCUGUGACUGUCUACAGAACAGAUCCAAGAGAGAAAAUUCGAAAGGCUGCGGAUGCAAUUACACAGGGCACCGCAAUGGUACUGGUGGCUUUUGUGGCACUGGGGGACAUCAUUCCACUGCUCCAGGAGCUCGCACUUGUGAACCUCACAAGACUCCAGUGGGUAGGCAGCGAGUCCUGGAUCACUGCCACAAGCCUGGCAGAGACUCCCGAGUACAAAUUCCUAAAGGGCUCUAUUGGAUUUGCAGUUGAAAGGAGGAACCUGGAAGGACUAGAGGAGUUUCUGAUAAAUGUGCGCCCAACACAGGCCCCAGGUAACAGGCUUAUGAAGGAAUUCUGGGAAACAGCUUUUGCCUGCUCUUUUGAGAAAAACAGUGCAGCUGCAGAUAAGACUCAAUGUACUGGCUCAGAGAGCUUGCGUGAACUGAAAAAUCCAUAUACUGACUUCAGUGAUCUUAGAAUUUCCAACAAGGUAUAUACAGCAGUUUAUGCUGUUGCACAUGUCUUACAAAACCUUGUGCAAGAUGAUACAAGUCACUCCUCAACCAACAGCAGCCCUGGACAGAAAGUCAGUCCACAGCAGGUCGUGAAUUACCUCAGAAAUGUAAACUUCGUAACAAAAACUUCGGAGAAGGUGUCCUUUGAUUCUAACGGAGAUCCAGUAGCAAGAUAUGAAUUGGUAAACUGGCAUCCUGCUAAUGGUGGAAUCCUGAAAUUUAAGACAAUCGGACUAUAUGAUGCUUCAUUAGCCAUACAGGGUCGUUUUGUACUGGAGCAAGGAAGUAUUGUUUGGGCUGGAGAACAGAAGCCCACGUCAGUGUGCAGUGAGAGCUGUCCCCCAGGCACUCGCAAGGCCGUGCAGAGAGGAAAGCCUGUCUGCUGUUAUGACUGUGUACCCUGUGCUGAUGGGGAGAUCAGCAACAAGACAGAUUCUAAUGACUGCAUUCAGUGUCCUGAGGAAUACUGGUCAAAUGCCAUAAGAAAUGCAUGUGUAUUAAAAGCUAUUGAAUUCCUGUCCUAUGGUGAAAUUAUGGGAAUAGUGCUUGUCAUUUUCUCACUCUUUGGAACAUGUCUGACUGUUUUAGUGGCCGUGGUGUUUCUCGCCCACAAAAACACUCCCAUCGUGAGGGCCAACAACUCAGAGCUGAGCUUCCUGCUGCUCUUCUCGCUCACCCUCUGUUUCCUUUGCUCUCUCACUUUCAUCGGCCGGCCCUCUCAGUGGUCCUGCAUGCUGCGUCACACAGCGUUCGGGGUCACCUUUGUCCUCUGCAUCUCUUGUGUUCUGGGCAAAACGAUAGUGGUGUUGAUGGCCUUCAGGGCUACACUUCCAGGCAGCAAUGUCAUGAAAUGGUUUGGACCUCCACAGCAGAGACUCACUGUUCUUGCAUUCACUCUCAUUCAGGUCCUCAUUUGUGUGCUCUGGUUAACAUUAUCCCCUCCUUUCCCCAACAAGAACAUGAAGUACUACAAAGACAAGGUCAUUCUCGAGUGUGACGUGGGCUCAGCCGUGGGCUUCUGGGCUGUGUUGGGCUACAUUGGUCUCCUCUCUCUCAUGUGCUUUGUACUGGCUUUCCUGGCCAGGAAGCUGCCCGACAACUUCAACGAAGCCAAAUUCAUCACAUUCAGCAUGCUCAUAUUCUGUGCGGUGUGGAUCACCUUUAUCCCGGCCUAUGUCAGCUCACCGGGCAAGCUGACUGUAGCUGUUGAAAUAUUUGCCAUUCUAGCUUCCAGUUAUGGAAUGUUGUUCUGCAUAUUUACACCAAAAUGUUACAUUAUUUUAUUAAAGCCAGAUCAGAACACAAAAAAACAUAUGAUGGGAAAGACAUCUUCACAUGGAUUUUAA